GGGUACGACAGCCGCUCAGUUCUAGUCAUUCCGCUAGGAAAGAGGCGCAGCAGAUGACUCAACUUUUGUCCAGCGUGCAGUAACUAAUAACAGCGCAGCAGCAAUCAACAACGCCUGCUGCAGUCAGCCCCAUGGACCGACUAACCUGCAUGCCACUGUUCAGAGCCUUCAAUCAGGAUGAAGAAAAAUGGAAUGAAUAUCUAGCUCCAUUCAAGGCACACAUGGCGGCUCACCAGCACCCAGACCCACAGGCGGAUCGCCCCGGUUCCUGGAUGGCGGGCGUCCCUCGUCGACCCCGCCCCCGCAGCCGUCGCCGGUGCAGGAGCCUUCCCCGAUGGAAGUCGACACAAUUGACCGGGCUGGUCCAGCCCACCCUCCGGCUCUUCCUAGCCGGGACUCCAUUGCUGCCUCUUCCCCUGGGUCAUCUUCGCCGCCGCCAGAGGCUUCGUCGUCGUCCUCGAGCGCCCAGGCGCGUUAAGUGUUGGGUCCAUCGUGGCUGCUGUGCGUUGCGUCCUUGGGGUCAUUUCGGCUGGUUCCGGCUUCAAUGCAGGGCGAAUGCCAGGACGUGGAAGUCGAUGCCACCCAGCCUCGCUCUGUUGGCUCCCCGUCGCCUCACAGUAGCCACAUCCCCCUUCGACGUCAGGCCCUGGCAGCACCUAACAUCUUCGUGGCCUUUCAAGGGGGGAGGAAUGUUGUAUCCGCGGACCCAACUGAAUAGCACGCGUGCGCCCUGCCAUCGCAUCGCUUGCCACAGUUUCCUGUCGCAACCACCGACGGCGCAUGGUGUUGCCGCCAACCAAAGACGUCGCGCCAUUGCUGAGCUGGGGCCUACAGCACCCUCUGGCUACACGAUCUAACAGGAGCGCUGGCCCACAAGUCAGGGGGUCUUGCAGACAGCUCCUUGCAGUCAUCAGUGCAGUCGUUUGUGGUCUGGUUAACUAGCUCGCUGUGUGAUUCAGUAUUGUAUAACGACUUAGGCCACGAAUCAGGAAUAUUAUUUGGACACUAAUUGGAACAGUAUCUAUAGUACUCUCUUCGCUGUCAAUAAAGCUAAGUAACUGUUUUAUACUAGCUGGCACUUAUUUGUCACUAAUCGUUUUCCUGCCACCAGAUUUUAGUCACAACCUGGUAACGUUUUACUCCAUAUCCAAAUUAUGGUUGCCACACCCAGGCAGCCAUAAAAUUACUUAAGCAUAAAAUCCAAAGCACUGAAUGGGGAAAAGUGGAAAAGGAAUGCGGUAAGUUAAAAAAGGCAUUUGUAAGCUCUGUAGAGAACACAUCUGGCAGAAUGCCAUGAAAUGAGAAAGAUAAAGAGAGACAACAGUGGAAUGAGCAAGUGAGGGAAGCAGUAAAAUAAAAGAAGAAAGCAUGGCAAGAAUGAUCAAACACAAAAAGAAAGGAAGUAAAGGAAAUAACAGGAAAGCAAAGCGAAAUGUAAGAAAGUGAUACUAGAAUAAUGAGGAAAAGUUGGGAGGAAUUCAAGUGAGAUUUGGAAAAGGUUGUUAAUUGGGGGGUGGGUGUGAAAAGGUGUAUGGAAUCACAUGGAGGAAGGAAAACAGUUACACAAUGUGAGAGGAGAAAUUGAACAGCUAAUAAUGCUACUGGAAGAGAUGUGGAAAAGAUGGAAGGAGUAUUAUGAUAAACCAUUGAAUGUGCUAAAUAGUUAUGAAAUAGGAAUGUAAGUACGUUGGACAAGGAGGAAGGGGGCGUUUGAACCUGGACGAAGAGCAAGAUAUUGCAAUGUUAGAAGAAAGAAAACAUGAAAGGUUAUAUGAAUUGCUAAGAUGCAUAUGGGCUCAGGAAUGUGUGCACAUAGAAUGCGGAAAGGAUAUAAUAAUUCCAGUUCCAGUGCUCCAGAAGAGAGAUUGAAAAGUAUGUGACAACUAUUGAUGGAUCACGAUCAUAUCACAAGUAGCAAAAAUAAUGGAGAGGAUACCAAAAUGAAGAUUGACAGAAAACGUGGAAGAGCAGUGUGGCUUCCGACAUGGCCAAUGAACAGAGGACCCAAUCUUUAGUAUGAGAGAGUUGAUGUAAAGGGGAAAACUCUGGUGAUAACAUUUCUUGACUUCAUGGAGGCAUAUGAUAAUGACCUCAGAGAAAACUGACCUCAACUCUGAACAGAGAGUGAAUUGAAAAAGAAACAACUGAAAUUCUUCAAGCAAUGUACGACAAAAGUUUCAGCUGUGUCCUCAUCCAAGAUAGUUUAACUGUUUGGUUUAGGGCUGUUACAUGGCUGAGACGAGGAAGUGUGGCGUCCUUCAUUGUUAUUUGUAAUGGUGAUGGCUGAAUUCUUUAAGGAGACAAAAGCAGCUCUCAGAGGAACUGAGAUGCUGUUUACUAAUGAUAUUGUGUAGUGGGGAACAAACAGUAAGCAUGUACAGUACAACAAGACAUUUUACAUGAAAAAAAUCAACAAAUAUGGCAUGAAAUGCAAUGUGGAAAGGGAGACCAUGGUUGUAACAGCAUAUUGAAACAGUGGACAACUUUAAAUAUCCGAGAAAUGUUGUAAUGCAUAAUGCAAAGAGGGAGGCAGAAAUUAGCACAAGGCUACAACAAAGAAACGCAUUUUACCAGUGUGCGAGGGGCUUAGUCAUACUUUAUACCAAUAUUUACAUUUGCAUUGAAGACCUGGAAACUGCCAAGAAGAGAGGAGAGGAGAGGAGAGGAGAGUAGAAUCCAGGCCAGUGAAAUGAAAUUCCAUUUAAGAAUUAUUUAAGGGGACAGCGGGGAGAUACAGACUGAGAAAUGAUGAUGUUAAAAAGAAAAUUGAAUAAUAGAAUUGAAAACAAGAGAUUAAAAUGAUUUGGACAAGUAAAGACAUUCGAAGAAGAAAAAAAUGCCAAAAUGAAUAACAGAGAGCACUUUCUAGAACAAGACGGAAAUCCAGAGCAAGAAGCAUUGGUUCGGUCAAGACCAGUUUAAGGACGAACCUGGAAAAAUCAGUUACACAUGAAGAAUAGUGAAAAAAAGGGGGAAGAGAAAAAAUACCCUACAUUUCCCAACCCAGCUUGAUGCUGGAUAAAAAGAGAAACAAAUUUGAUGGCAACAAAUAAAACGUCUUUAUGGCCUCAUUUUGCUGCAGCUGACUUUUGUUCUGUAGCUUGUACCUCCUGUUCCUGUUUUUAAAUGCAUAGCACAAACACAUUUAGGUUCACUGAUCCUGGGCUGCCCCUUCAAAGAAGGGCUUAUGGUGGGGUGUCCUCACCAGAGUGCCUGGAUUCAGAGAUGAAGGCUUGUCAUUUUUUUUAUUGAUAUGCUAUAC